GAUUUCGGAAAACAUCCCUCCCGGACUCUAAGAUGGCGUUUGUGCUGCACACAGACGACGCAAAAUAUUCUGCUUCUUCUUUUUCUCACUCAUAUUGCUGCUGGUCAGAUACGUUAUUCCAUCCCAGAGGAGAUGAAGAAGGGAUCUCUCAUUGGUAAUGUCGCAGUGGACCUCGGGAUAGAUCUGCAGAGGCUCCGUUCUGGUCGGGCCCGUAUAGUGAGCGGAGAAAACAUCCAGUACACCGAGCUGAAGGCAGACAAAGGGACUCUCGUUGUGAAUCAGAGAAUAGAUCGAGAGCAGCUUUGCGGAGAAGUAACGCCGUGUAGCUUCAGUUUUGAUCUGAUUUUAGAAAACCCUAUGGAACUACACCACAUCACGGUCGAGGUAUUGGACAUAAAUGAUAAUUCGCCUUCUUUUCAUCAGCACGACAUGAAAUUGACGAUUGGAGAAUCAGCUGCUCCGGGAGCACGGUUUGUUUUACCAACAGCCAAUGAUCCCGAUGUGGGAGUCAACGGGCUCCAAGACUAUAAUUUAUCUCCGAAUGAAAAUUUUAUACUGAAAAAGCAUUCAAAUGCAGACGGAAGAAAAUAUGCAGAGAUGGUACUUGAGAAACCGUUGGAUCGAGAACAAUAUCCAAGUUUAUCUCUGAAGCUGAUAGCGGUGGACGGGGGAACGCCUCAGAAAUCUGGUACAGUAAAUAUAGAUAUCACCGUCCUAGAUGCUAAUGAUAAUUCCCCUGUUUUCAAUCAAUCAGUCUAUAAGUCUACAGUGAUGGAAAAUGCUGCCAGAGGAACCUACAUCAUCACUGUGAACGCAACUGAUGCAGACAGCGGAUCAAAUGGUUUGGUUUAUUAUUCUGUUUCCAAAAUGCAAGGCGGCAUUGAAAGUAUAUUCGAAAUUAACAAAACAACAGGAGUGAUAGUCCUUUUAGGGCAGGUUGACUAUGAAAAAUCUAAGAAAUAUGAAAUACGCAUUGAGGCGACAGACCAAGGAGCUUUAACAGAUUCGAGCAAAGUCAUAGUAGAAGUGAUAGACGUAAAUGAUAAUGCACCUGUCCUUAAUAUGAUGUCCUUCACUAGUCCUGUGUCAGAGGAUUCUCCUCCUGGUACUACUAUUGGCAUCAUAAACGUAAAAGAUCUCGAUUCAGGUGAUAACGGACACGUAGCUUGUGCAAUAGAAGAAAGCUCACAUUUUAAGAUCAAAUCCAAUUUAAGAAAUUACUAUACAUUAGUAACUGAUUCUGUAUUAAAUCGUGAACGUGUCUCAGAAUAUAACAUCACUGUUGUUGCGACUGAUUCAGGAAGGCCUCCCCUCUCAACCAAAAGAACAUUUUAUUUAAAGGUCUCUGAUGUGAACGACAACCCUCCAGCGUUUCCUAAAGAUGUUUACAGUGCGUUUGUUGUUGAGAAUAACUCGCCAGGAGUUUCUCUUCUUACUCUAACAGCGCAGGAUCCCGAUGAAAACCAGAAUGCUCGAAUAUCCUACAUUCUGGAUGUUAAUGACAUAGGCGGAUCUCCAAUUUCUGAAUAUGUGUCUGUAAAUGCUGAAAGUGGAGUCGUACACGCGGUGCGCUCAUUAGAUUAUGAACAAAUCAAACAUUGGAAGGACAGUAAAAGGCACAUGGUCAUGUACAGCACCAUGGACAGCGUCUCUGUUUGUAUGACUUGA